UCGAGUAACAUUAUUAGGAGAUGCUGUUCAUGCUAUGAACCCUGUACUUGGAUUAGGAACAAACAAUGCUUUCCAAGAUGCCGAUCUACUCUCCCAAGCAUUAAUUAAUUAUUCAUCAGAAGAACCUAUUUCCUGCAUUCAAGAAUAUGAAAAUGAAAUGCGAAAAAGAUCAACCGUCGACGUGUUAAAAUCUAGAUCUAUGGCAUUGAACAUGUCCGCUCCUGUUGGCCUUCUUAGAACCUUUAUUAGAAAUUGUAGUUUAAAGUUUACAAACUUCAUUUUGAACUUUUCAAGUAUUUUUAGAAAGUAUAUUGAAUAA